UUUUGGGUUCCUACCAUCAUUCUGUGGGUUCAAAAUUCUUAGUGCAUCAUUGAGCUGGGUGGGUUUAGAUCAGUAAAGUAAAAAUGGUUUUCUGUUAAAAAAACUCAAGCUUUGGGGUUUAAGGUAACUCUAUCAAUGGAGGGAAGGGAAGCUGUGAAUAGUAGUGGGGUUACAGUGGUGGGAUCAGAUGCUCCAUCAGACUACCACGUGGCGCCGAGGCUCGAAAACCCGGCAAAUAACGCCGGAUCAGCACCUACGCCGCCGGUUGCGCCGCCGCCCACGGCGGCGACCGUGCCGGCGGCGGCCGGGUCGAUGCCGGUGAAGAAGAAGAGAGGGAGGCCGAGGAAGUAUGGGCCGGAUGGGAGUGUUACUAUGGCGCUGUCACCGAAGCCGAUAUCGUCGGCGGCGCCGCCUCCGGUGAUUGAUUUCUCGGCGGAGAAGCAGCCGCGGGGGAAAGUGAAGCCGGCCAGCUCGGUGAGCAAGACCAAGUAUGAGGUGGAGAAUUUAGGUGAAUGGGUUGCAUGCUCUGUUGGUGCUAAUUUUACUCCUCAUAUCAUCAAUGUUAAUUCUGGCGAGGAUGUCAUGAUGAAGAUUAUAUCAUUUUCUCAACAAGGUCCUCGAGCUAUUUGUGUGCUCUCCGCAAAUGGUGUGAUAUCAAGUGUUACACUUCGUCAACCUGAUUCUUCUGGUGGUACAUUGACAUAUGAGGGUCGCUUUGAGAUACUGUCUUUAUCUGGUUCCUUUAUGCCAAAUGAAAUUGGAGGGACAAGAAGCAGAUCAGGUGGGAUGAGUGUUUCUUUAGCAAGUCCAGAUGGGCGUGUUGUAGGUGGUGGAGUUGCUGGACUAUUAGUUGCUGCAAGUCCUGUGCAGGUUGUAGUUGGCAGUUUUCUGGCGGGAAACCAGCACGAGCAGAAACCCAAGAAACAGAAACAUGAAUACAUUUCUAAUGCAACACCAACUAUGGCUAUUCCUGUUUCAAGUGCUGAGCCAAAACCAAACCUCGCGUCUUCGACUUCCUUCCGAGGUGAUAACUGGUCCUCAUAUCCAUCUGAUCAUAAGAGUAAGACUGACAUUAAUGUAUCAGUGCCUGGAGGUGUAAUUUGAAGAGUCCAUGCUUAUUUGUUGCAACAUGAGGUUUCUCACUGACCACAACGGCAAUUCAUCUCCCAGUCCCCAACUGUUGGAUCUCACUCCACCUUGUUUGUUGUCUGUAAACUCGUUGACUACUAGUCGUCUAGCUUCAUCAGGGGUUGGUCCCCUUUGAUGUAUCAUUUAAUUUAGCCGCUUAGAUAGGCUCUUGUUGCACUGCUGCUGUUGUUGUGUCAUGUAGAGUAGUGUAAUGUAAUAUUAGCACCCCCACUCGAAUCUGACUCUCUUUGGAUUGAUGCAAUGUGAUGUAGAAGUUGUUUGUGACAAUCUCACUCUUUUGUCUCAUUUGUUUGAUUCUGUUGCUUCAACUCGAGUGAUUCGGAUGGCCGAGAACAAAACAUUGAUUUU